AUGAGUUUCGAGAUUAUAACCAGAAAUCCCCAGCCGCCUGAGCUGGUCUCUACACCCACGAACGACAUCAUUAUCGCAAUAUCUAGCAUGCAGCGCCUUUCUUUCAUCCCGGUACUUCUCCUCAUUGCCCUCGCAGCAUUUACGAGUACUGCCUACGCCUUUCCUGUUUUCGGACCUCAGGCUAGAGCUGAAUCCACGUCCACCAAGACAUCGUCACCUGUCGCUUCCCCGACACAUCCCAUGAUAACCAAACUUAAAGCAGUGUUCACGAAUGGCGGGAAGAAGUCACCCUCCGAGUUUUCAUCACUCAAACAUCAUACUAUCGGGUACGGUUUCACCCUUCCGAAAUAUGUCACUGAGAAGAGAGAAGUCCCAUUGUCGAAGAUCAAAAUGAUGCUCGAAGGAAUCACCGAUAAACCACAUGCGAUUGCAGGCCACUGCACCACCAUCUACGAGAAGGACGACAUUGACAGGCCACCACCGUUUGGCAGGCCGGGAGAAUACAUAGACCCGGAAAAACGGCCCAUUGUCUUCUUCGCCGCCAACGUGCCAAUCACAGGGGCUAAUAAUGAGAGAACCAUUGCAAUGCACAUUCCCCAAAUCCACGUAGCAGAUGCGGAGAAAAUUGGAUUGCACACCCACUGUCUCAAAUCAAAUGAGAAACCACCAAAACUAUGGGGAAUAGCUGAAUGGGAGAAAUACGGAGUUGAGUCCUGGCCUGCGAAACUAAAGGCUGAUUCUGACCCCGGAGAGCCUACUGUCAAGUCUGUUAUUAAUUCCAGCACGCAAACCAGCGGGUUGGCAGGCAAUGUAUCUCCGCAUCUCCCUGAACAUCAGCACAACGAGAAGGCGUAA